CGCCUCCUCGCUCUGAGUCUCCGUUGAUUGCAGCAAACAGAGAGUUAAACCGCUUUUUAAAAACUGAACCCUAAAACACUGAAUCUCUUUUGGAAACUGAAUCUAUGGCUUCUGAUUCAAACGAACAUGCAACGAGCAACACGCUUCAGUCCAUAUGCUACAAGCGCGGUUCCCUUCAGCUUCUUGAUCAGAGAAAGCUACCACUAGAUACAAUUUACUUGGAUAUUCGGGAUUCAACAGAUGGCUGGAAUGCCAUACGGGAUAUGGUGGUCCGGGGUGCACCUGCUAUUGCUAUUGCAGCAGCACUCUCUUUGGCUGUGGAGUUGUUCAAUUUAGAUUGUUUUAAUGGGUCACCUGGUGAUGCUGCUUCCUUCCUGCAGAAGAAAUUAGAAUAUCUUGUCUCGAGUCGGCCGACUGCAGUAAACCUAUCAGAUGCUGCUACAAAACUUAAAGAAGUCAUAUCUAAGGCCGCUGCUACCACUUCAGAGGCCAGGAGUGUUUUUCAGGCAUAUGUAGAAGCUGCUGAAAUUAUGCUUGAGGAUGAUGUUGCCUCGAAUAGAGCAAUUGGUUCUAAUGGAGCUAGUUUUAUUCAACAUCAAACAGAGAAAAAGAAGCUUUCUGUUUUGACCCAUUGCAACACUGGAAGUCUUGCCACAGCUGGAUAUGGUACUGCUCUGGGUGUAAUCCGUUCACUUCACAGUGGAGGAGUUUUAGAAAGUGCUUAUUGCACAGAAACACGUCCAUUCAAUCAAGGAUCUAGACUUACUGCCUUUGAGUUGGUGCAUGAAAAAAUACCAGCAACCCUUAUAGCGGAUUCUGCUGCAGCUGCAUUAAUGAAAGCAGGACGUGUGGAUGCUGUUGUUGUUGGGGCAGAUCGUGUUGCGUCAAAUGGUGACACAGCCAACAAAAUUGGAACUUAUAGUGUUGCCUUAUGUGCCAAGUUUCAUAACGUACCUUUUUAUGUGGCUGCACCCCUGACAUCCGUUGAUCUAUCACUUUCUUCUGGACAAGAAAUUGUCAUUGAGGAGAGAUCUCCCAAGGAAUUGUUGAACUCACGUGGAGGACUUGGAGAGCAGGUUGCUGCCUCAGGAAUUGCUGUCUGGAACCCGGCUUUUGAUGUUACACCUGCUAAUCUAAUAUCUGGGAUCAUCACUGAGAAGGGUGUCAUUACGAAGACAUCUACUAGUGAUGCUUUUGACAUAAAAGCUUUCGUGCAGAAAACUAGUUAAGGGCUGAACCACGGAAGGACUUAGUGCCAAUGAUCCAUGGUGGUGGAGUGAGAUUUUUCUCACACGUUAAUCCAUUGUAGAUUUGGUAAGAAUUUGUGUUGAAGGGGACUUGUGACUGGAGGAUCGGCUUGUUCAAUGUAUAUGUAAGUUUCCCUGAAAUUGGGGCCUAGUUAACAAACAGGUGAAUAAGAAAUUGGUGACUCCCAUGCCCUGUAUGGGUAAAAUAGAACGAUGUAGGUUCUUCGAGGGUUUGUUUGGAAUGUGUAAUAAGAUAAGGCGCCAUAGUAAAAAGACUUGAUGGUAUAAGGCCCAGUUAUUUAAGAAAUUAUAAAAAUGUAACAUACGCAGUGUUUGGUGAGACGUCGAAUAAGAUAUUGUAUUAUAUAAGUUAGUAUUAGCAUAUAUUUGGUAGUGU